AUGAAAGCAUCUGUUUCUAGGAGAGAUGUUUAUAAAAAGACAGCAGUUGAAGAAGGUUGGCGCGCACGUUCUGCGUACAAACUUAUUCAAGUUGAAUCAGAAAUGCAUUUCCUUAAAGAUUCAACAAGAGUCGUCGAUUUAUGCUCUGCUCCUGGAUCAUGGUCACAAGUUUGUGCUAAGCUCAUGCCAGAAACUGAUGCUCGAAAGAUUAUUUCUAUUGAUCUCCGUAGAAUUGUUCCAAUAGAUGGAGUAACUGAGCUCAGAGGCGAUAUUACAGAUGUAAAAACAGCAGAAAAUGUGAUAAGUCUUCUAGAUGGAAACAAAGCCGAUGCAGUUUUAGCUGAUGGCGCUCCAGAUACGAUUAUUAGAAUUGAAUUUGACGAAUACGUUCAACAUAACAUAGUUAAAGCAUCGCUAACUAUUGCAACAAUGGUUUUACGUGAGGGAGGUACAUUUGUUUCUAAAAUUUUUAGAACAAAAUCUUUACCGAAAUUAUUAGCAAUUUUUGGUUGCUUCUUCAGUAAAAUUACGAUGUGCAAACCUCGUGCUUGUAGAUUAUCAUCUGUUGAGUCAUUUAUUGUUUGCCAAGGAUUCAAAUUGCCAGAUGGAUAUACUCCGACACUUUGUACAGAUGAUUUACCAACUGGACCAGUUCCAGAGGUUCCUUUUAGAAUGUGUGGAGAUGUAGAUGGCUUAGACUCCGAAAGGACGUAUCCUCUCUCAAAUGAUCAAAUAGAACAAGAAAUAGAGUAG